AUUUUAAAAAGUGUAGUUGGUGGGAAAGUAAGUUAUGGUAAUUCAGUAAUUUGUAUCGUAAAGUAUUUGUUUCGUAAUGUUAUGAAAAUUGCAUACACUGUAUAAAGCAGAAAUGGCUUUUACCAGAAUUUUCAUUUUGUGUUUGCUCAUUACAUUUUGUUGGUACCAGGGGGUACUAACACAGUUGAGCACUGAUCCAGAAAAGCUUUUGAAUUGGUGUUUAGACACUCCACAUCACAAGAGUAGGCCAGGAAAGGAGUCAUCUUUGUAUAAUCAAUGUAGUCCAUGGAAGGAUCGAUCAUGUUGUACAGAAAAUACAUCACAGGAUGUUCAUACCAAAAACAUGUACAAUUUCAAUUGGAAUUUCUGCAAGCCAAAUUAUACAUUAUCUGCAAAAUGUCAACGUCAUUUCAUUCAAGAUUUGUGUUUUCAUGAAUGUGAACCUAACAUUGGACCAUGGGUAGUAAAGGUAAACAGAAAGAUUGCUAAUGAACGAUUUUUAAAUGUACCGCUGUGUAAGAGCGACUGUGAAUCCUGGUGGCUAGCAUGUGCAAACGAUUUCACUUGCGUGUAUAAUUGGCCAAGAAAUUUUGCUUGGAUAGAUGGAAAUAAUCAUUGCCCAAAAGAGGCAAAGUGUAAGCCUUUUUAUCAAGUCUACAGGGAUUCCAAAGAUUUUUGUGAAAAUGUAUGGGACCACUCCUGGGUGGUCGUUCCCGAUAACGAACUUUGCAUGAGAAUAUGGUUUGAUGGAGCUCAAGGAAAUCCCAAUAAACAUGUGGCUGAAGUCUAUGUGGAGAAACUACUAGCAGGGAAUGCUUGUUGUAUAACCUCUCAUCUUUUUAUAAUAACCAUUUGCUUACUGAGCCUUUUAAUUUAGUUUUCUAAUGUUUGAAAUAAUAUUCAGAAUGUUAAAUAAGAUUACUCUUUACAAGUAGUUUAGGUUUUAUUUUUGUGAUUUGCAAUAUUUACCUUGUUAAAGCUACAUACAAUAGUAGCAUAUUUUUUGUUUGUAUUGUUUAUAAUUAACUAGUAAUAUUUUAAUGAUUCUUACACUUAAAGGGGAACUGUUUUUGUAUCUUAUGCAUAUGAAAUUGUUAUGACUUCUUUAAGGAAUAACACAACUCUAAAAUGCGAUAAAAUAUAGGACAAUUUACCGUGUGUUCCAUGGGUAACAUUUUAUUAUGCUCCAGUUUGUGACUUAAAAAUGUUAGCCUAUUUACCAAUUCCUUUGCAAACGAGUUUAAAAGUGGUGUUGUACAGCAGUUUUUAUACUUGUAUUUCAAACUAUUUUAUAGUAAGUCUAAAAUAGCUAUUUCUUUCUACUGGUCUAGUCAUUUUUCUCUCUUAGUUUAGUGGAAGAGGGGCAAUGCUUAAAAAGCAUUGGUAAUGCCCCUUCUAUAAAAAAAUAGUUGGUUUUAUAUUCAUAAACUUAGCCCAUAAAUCUACCUUGAAACAAGUAGGGGUGAAAUGUUUCUCACAGAACAGUUCUUUUUACCAAAAGGAGAAAUGUUUUCAUGGUCUGUCCUCUUCCAAGAUUAUGUAGCCAUUUCUUUAUUUCCAUUUUUUUCUUUGGAUCUGAUGGAGGGGUGGAGACAUAAGUGUAAUAACACCUUGUUUAUUGUGCUUGUUGGUAGUACAACUGUAUGCCUUACUCUUGGCUAUGCUUCUUAGCAGGUGUUUGGAUGUGAACUAAUGGGGGACUGUAUGAAAGUCAAAGGUAUAGGCAGUCCAAGUCCACAAAUAACACAAUUGUAUGGGAACCUGGGAAUCUAUAAGCUUCCUCAAUUUUAAUAACAAGGAUUUAAUUUUUUUUCUAACUUGAGUAUGAAAGGAACAUUUUUUUUUAUUUUCUCCCAACUACUGGUAGUGUUUCAUACAUUUCAGCAAUUUCUUCCUGAAAACUAAUCACGUGAUUAAGGUUUUGUUUCUGGUGUUCAUUUCUUGCAGGUUUCCAGCCUUUUUAAAGCUGUAAUGAACAGUAAUUAAGUACAUUCCUUAUAUCACGUAGUGAUGUCUAAUUUUUGUGAUGUUUUUUUUUUGUGCAUCAUCAAUAAAAAGGCCCAUUCAAGCAACAAUAAAAAAACAUUUGGAUUGGACUAUUUAAUAGCUUCCUUUUAAUGUGUUUAAAAAGCAAUUAGAUAAAUAAAACCUAAACUGAAGAACCCUAAUGAUCUCUGCUACUCUACACAAUGUUUGCUUGAUGGCCAUGCUUAGGUAAUUUAUAUAGAGAAACAGGAUAAAAAUUUUUAAGGUCCACUUUUGUCUAUUUGAAAUUUGAUCAGUGUAGUGUGCAUUUAUCAAAUGACAGUAAAAGCAAAUUAAAAUAAACAGCUGAAUAAGAGGCUAAAUAUGAAAUAAGAAUGAAACGGUAAAUUGCCUGUAUAAUUUAUAAUGGCAAGCUUCUUUUUCAAGUACUAUUUAGUAAGCAAAAAUACUGUGCUUUAAUGUUUUAUUUAUUACAGAAUUGUAAAAAUUAUUUGUACUUUAUGGAUAAAUUACUUUUCUAUAUUUUAUGAUUUUACUGACAAUAGAUAUAGUAAUAUAGAACUUUUAAAUUGUUCUGCAUAUUUUUCCGUGGGUUUAAACUGUUUAAUCAUGGGAUUCCGCAACACAUUGUAAAAUGCACAGGCAUAAAGGUGUGUUCCAUUAAGCUAAUUACAUGCACAUAUCUUUCUGUAUACUUGUAUAUCACAGCAGAAAGACUGAAGGGAAGAUGGUAGCUUCUAGAAUCCACUAUUAUAUAAAGGAAAACAUCAAUAUUUAAUUGUGGAAUUUUACUAAACUAUUUUGUAAGCCCUCUUUUGAGGUCUUAACAUUCUUAGUUGCAGUUGUUAAUUCUCUAGUUCCCCUUUAAAAGAAAAGUGUUAGUUUUUUACAGUAUGCACAGAACCUUUACUAUUAUAAGUUUUGCUUUAUAAGUUAGUUUUGUUAGUUAGUAGGAUAUAAAGAAUUGCCGGUUAAUUCAUUUGUACCUGUAUCUUAAAAAACGUAAGUAAUGUGCUUAUGGAAGCAGACUGUACCAAAGGUAGUUUUUUAAUUCUAGUAAUUAUAGAAAAUGCCCCUAUGUACAAAGAUUGUUUUUUUUUACUAUAAUACUUAUAAAGGUUAAGAUUAAAUCUAAGAAUCUCAUUUUUCAAAUGUAUACUGAAGUUUUGUGUAAAAAGUGAAAAAUCUUUCUUCAACUGUUCUUCAGCUCAAUAAGAGUGUCAGUUUUCUUUUAAAUGUCAAAGUAGACACGUUAUACUAACAAAAUCCAUUAUGCUACAAACGAAGUAUUAGUUUGUUUACCACUAGGUCAUGAGAAUUUAUCUGGUAGCUUUGUCAGUUAUUGUUAAGUUUCACUUUGUUUUGUAUGAUUGGUCAAUAAUGAUAGAUAUAUCCAAAUGACAAGUUUUGUUUUGUACCCCCCCCCCCACAAUAUUAGCCAAAGUAUAUUUUUUAUCAUUCAACAGAAUAGAAAGUAAUAAUUUUUAAUUUAGCCUGUCUGCUUAAUACAUUUCUUAAACCAUCAAAUCAGUUGUGUAUCUUUUUUUACUAGUAACUGAUUACAAAUUGCACACGAGGAACAUCCUUCGUAUGUGUAUAGAAGUGUCACCGAUUUCACUUCCUAUACUAAUAACUAAUUCAUUACCAUAUUUAAAUUGCACAGACUACAAUAAUUUGGUAAAUAUCAGAUUCUCAAUGGCUAUGUUCAGAAUAUUGUUUUUUUCCCUUUAUUCUGUCUCUUGUAAACCAAAGCAAUAAUCCAAACUGUGAUGAAUGGUAAAGUUCAAUAAAUUCUAGUUUCCUAAA